GAAGGGCACAACGGAUGGACAAUGGUGUGGUACAAAGAGGAUGGGGAACUGAAUGCGGAUGCUUCUCUCACUGAACUUUCGGAGCAUGACACUAAAGGCCGCAAGGGAAUGUUAUUGACGAUACCGAAAACGAAGUCUUCAGAUGAGGGUAACUAUGUGUGUUUGAUAUCAAACCCUCAACUUGGUCAUGUGGUUAUUUCCACGCCUGCAAUCCUUUUUGUCGAGCACUCGAGUGAACGACCCAUAAUCGAUCCGCCGGAACAAACGGCAAACGAAGGUGAACCGGUCAGAUUCAGAUGCUAUGUACCAGGUGAACGUAACGCUAGAUUGAGAUGGAGUUAUGAUCGUCCUGAUGGUGCGUUACCACCAUACGUACAAGACGAUCACGGCGUAUUGACAAUUCAACGUGCAGAUCAAUCGCAUCAUGGAGAGUAUUAUUGCACAUACGAUGCUCCACAAGGAUCGUUGCAUUCUGAACCGGCCAGACUGAAUGUCGUCUCGAGGCCUGGUGCUCCACCACGUCCUGAAGCAAGUCCGACUGAUCAAACAGUUGGCGUUGGUGAACCGGCACGCUUCCAUUGUGAUCCGAACAGUGAAACGCCGGCUCGUGUCACCUGGGGCUAUAGAGAGCCGAAUGGUCCGUUGAGAGGUGAUGUUGUUCAAGAAGGAGAUGAUAUUAUCGUAAGAUCGGCAGAUGAGUCGAAUGCUGGUGAAUACAUCUGUACGGCUACGAACGAGUUUGGAUCAGCUGAUGCGGCACCUGUACGACUUCAUGUUAGCGAAAAUGAAGAACCACCAACCGCGCGUGUGGUGCCUCGCGUAUGGAACGGUAAACCAGGAGAUCGUCAUCAGUUCCGUUGCAUUGCUAGCGGCGUACCACAACCCGAGAUCACAUGGUCUGGUCCUGAGGGUGGACCACUACCUGAUGAGGUGAACGAUAUCGGUGGAGGUGUGCUGGACUUUUCGAAUGGACGUGUCGACCUGAACGGUGAUUACACGUGUACGGCUGUGAACAUUCUUGGCGAGGCAUCAGAUCAUGGAUCUGUGAAUAUUGGACCAUCACUUACUGUCAGAACCACUCCACCGGGUCCAAGGAUUGUGCUGACUGCUGGCGAACCACUCGAAGUAAAAUGCGAAGCAUUCGGUGAACCGACACCUGAAGUUGAAUGGCUGCAUGAUCCGGGACCAGAACGUGGUGAUUUGCCAGAUGAUUUCAAGCCAGUCACCAUAUCCGAGAUGUUCAUCAGACAUCCGGCCGUCGGCACUGGUAAUGCAGGCGUAUACACUUGCAAGGGUAGCAAUAGUCAAGCGUCUGCAACGAAGGAUAUCCAUGUCGAAGGUAGCAUUGACAAACAGCACUUAAUUUCAUGA